AUGUCAGCAAUAAACCAAAAUGAAUAUCGACAAGAUGCAUCCGAUGAUGAUGAUGAGUAUGAUGAAGAAAAUUCUAAUGAUGAACAAGAAGAAGAAAUAAAUAUACUUGAACAAGUACAAGGAUUGUUUUCAUCAGAUAUAUUUCCAAAUGUGAUAGAAAUGUUUCGUGCUUAUCAAUCACAAUUUGAUCUUGUGGAAUUUCUUAAAACGCAUCAAAUUGUUUCACAAUAUGAUUAUAUCCGAUUAAUUAAUUAUAUUCGUCUUGAAAAACCUUCAAUUGAUGAUUUAAAACAAUUAAAACUAUCGAUACCAUCACCAUGGGCAGAUGAUAAAUAUUUCACAACAGUUAUCGAUAACGAUCCAGCAUUACAAUUUGAUAUUGAAGAAGAUUUAAAUCAACUCGGUGAUUUAACAAUAUCAAAAACUACUCAAGAAAAUGAUCAAUUAAUAAAAGCUAAUCAAAGAAUUCGAGAAUUAGAAGAAAUGAUUGACACAUUAAAAUCGAUGACAUCUCGAUUAUUAGAUGAUCAAUCUACAGGUGAAACGACAACAUCAAAAGCAAAAACUAAAGAUGAUAUUCAAGAUGAUAAUUAUUUUGCUACAUAUAAUCAUUAUGAUAUUCAUAAGGAAAUGCUUCAGGAUAAAAUUCGUACUGAAAGUUAUUUAAAAUCAAUAAAAGAAAAUGUCGAUGUAUUUCGUGAUAAAAUUGUAUUAGAUGUUGGAUGUGGAACAGGUAUACUUUCUAUGGCAUGUAUUAAAUAUGGACAAGCAAAAAUGGUUAUUGCUGUCGAUAUGUCAGAUAUGAUUUAUGAUGCUAUGGCUAUUGCUAACGAAAAUAAUAUUGAUGAAUCGAAAAUUGUUUUUAUUCAUGGAAGAAUUGAAGAUGUGAAUUUACCUGUUGAAAAAGUUGAUAUUAUCAUAUCUGAAUGGAUGGGCUAUUUUCUAUUGUUUGAAUGUAUGUUGGAAUCGAUCAUCUUUGCUCGUAAUACAUAUUUAGAUAAAGAAAAUGGUUUGGUAUUACCCGAUGAUUUUUCCAUACAUAUGUCGGGUUUUCAUUCGGAUGAUCUUUAUCAUGAACAUAUUGGUUAUUGGUCAGAUGUUUAUGGUUUUGAAAUGGAUACCGUUGUAAAAAAUAUUCUUCUUGAUGGUCAUGUUAUAAUUGUACCAGCUAAUGAUGUUAUGACUAGUGAUUGUUGUAUUAAAACUUUGGAUAUUUAUACAUGUUCAAAUAAUGACAUCACUUUUACACAUCCAUUUACUGUUCAAGCACUUAAAUCUGGUUCUAUAUCUGGUUUUGUUUGUCAUUUUGAUGUGAAUUUUGCUAAGAAUCUUAUUGAAAAGGUGCAUUUUUCUACAUCACCUCGGUCACCGAACACUCAUUGGAAGCAGACAGUAUUCUUUUUACCUCGAUUAUAUAAUAUUCAAGAAGGUGAAGAAAUAACUGGAAAAAUUUCAUGUCAAAGACAUCCAAAUGAAAAACGUGGUCUUAUUAUCCAUUUACAUGUAUUCGAUUCAAAAUUUAAAUUCUAUCUAGAAUAA